GGGAAAUAAGUUUGGUUACUGAAGCGGAGGGAGUUUUGAAAUAAAAUGUUUUACGCUACACUACCUAUAUACUUGAUGAGAUGCUGAAUGUGCAAUAAUUCUGCGCUACCUUUGCAACAUGGAGCUGAAGUUGGAGGUUGUUUUGUCAUCAAGUAUCAAAAGGAAGAAACCAUGGCCAAGAUUGUGCUGGCUUGGACAGGACAAAGAGUCUGUCUUCCUGUUAGAUGACAAACGGAUAAGUGAGAUCAAUAUGGUGUCUGGUCGCACCAAGAAGAAGCAUCCUAAACUUUACUCCUUACUUAACAGUGUUGUGACAAUGACUGCAUCUCAAAAUGGCAUGUGGCUGUGUGGCCUCUUAGCCUCAGGAAAGCUCUUUCUAUGGAACAAAGACAAAGACUUACUGAAGACAUCUGCAGAAGUUCCAGAUGUAGCGCAUAUCAUUACCAUUGUUCAAGGGAACCCCACACGUCUGUCUCUCCAGGUUUCAGGAGAUGGGAUGCGUGUGCUCUUGGUAAUCAUAACUGGACAGGUGUUACUGUGGGAGUGCACAGAUAUCACGAAUUUGAUGGGAGUUCGAGACGGCACUGUCAGUGGACGCUGGGCACAUAUACAACCCCUUCAAGAUACAAUUCUGCCUUGUUUACAAGACAAAGAAGCAUCCCAACACAGUAUCUUUGUUAAGACAGAGGCUAUAGGUGAUGUCUGCUUAUCAGCAAUUGUUUUCACAUCUGGGAUGAAGCUUAUUGUCACAUGCCUGAAGAUUCAGUGGGAAGAAGGCCAUGUGAGAGCAGGUCCUGAGGGUUAUAGCAUAUGGUGGACCAGCAAGACAUACCCCAUGUCACGUCUAAGUCCUCCCUGCCAUCCAGUGAAGUCCAGAGGGACAUUGGUUCCUGCUUUCUCUCCUGAUGGCCAACUUUUAGCUAUUGUCUUGAAUCAGAGACAACCUCGGGCUACACAGGUUCUCUUUGUUAGUACACAAAAUUUUGUCUCAAUAUCAAGUCAUCUGGGAGGCUGUGGAAGUAAAAAAUUGGAUAUCCCUUCAAAAUAUAUAAGGUCAUACUGGGUGGGCAGUGCAAGCUGGACGCCAGGGGGGCUUUUCCUGGCUUGUGUUCUGAAGAGAGGCUCUCUCCUUCUGCUGGCUCGGCUUGGUGGGCUUCUUUGUCUGACAAGUUCUGGUUGCAAUGUUGAUUUUGGGCCUGCACAGUUUCUACCCCUCCAUCCUCUGAUCACAUACUGUCCACCCAUGUCUGCUGUGAUAGGGGAGGCCACUCGGUCCAGCUCCAGCAUGUCACAGCAGGACAUCCUAAGGCAACGAUAUUCUGUGACUUGGCAUCCACGAUUAUUGUAUCUUAUCGUGUCUGAUGGCUACAUGGUCACAGUUUUGAGGGUACUCGAUAAGCCUUCUCCGACUUUGCUGCUGAAAACACUACUAAAUGACUCUAGAGCAGAUCUUGAGAAGGCUAGCCAGAUUCUGGAUAAAUCUCAGGUUCAUGUAAGGGUGUGGUUGGAGUCAGUGUCUUGCUUGGGUCUGGACGACAGCCGAGAGGAGAUAAAACCCAUUGUUAGACCUGGUACCAACACUGUAGCCUCUGUCACAUCACCAGGGUCGACUUUGCCCCUUUUCCUGCAAGACAACAGAACUCUGGGUGGCACCAUGGAGCGCCAUGAGAAUACUUUGCUUGAGGAUGAAUCUGAUUUCGAAGGACCGCCUGCUGGUUAUAAUGCUGUGGAUGGCGGUCGUCUGGAGUUUGCCUCGAUGUUUGACACACUACAUGCUCUGGAUGCACCGACUGAUAGUGGCCUUUUCUCUGAUCCAGACCUUGAAAAGCACUCGGCCAAAUCUGACAGGAAGAGUCUUCUUCGUCAUCGUGAUCUUAGGAAGAUCCAGGCUCGUCUCUUAACAGCGUGGGCUUUUGGCAUGUGUCCAGGAGAUGCUGUAGAAAACAGAAGUCACCUGUUAAAGCAAACCCUCCUCUGUAUGGUACGGUUUGCUGCUUUGCUGCGUUUGAUCCCAAGCUCUGUAGUCCAGAGAGGGAAAAAGAACACCACAGAUUCUGCUCGCAUCAUGCACCUUCUCAAAGCCAUCCUCUCUUUUCUGCCCUGGGAUAUCACUUACUCACCUGGGUCACAAUGUCUGGGGGAGGUGGUGGAGUUUAGUAAACGGGUGGUGCGGCUGUUGUUGACGCCUCAUCCUGAAUCCUAUCAGACUGGCCUUCUUCAGUUAUCGUCUCACAGUCUAUCCACAGCUCUGGUUAUCUUACGGCUUGUCUCUGAUUCUCUUGAGCACACCUACAGCCUGCAACAAAGAACCUUAUGGUCCACUGCAGAAAAGGAGUCUCUUUCUGAGCUAAAUCAGCUCCGGCCUUCAGAUAUAUACUGUGUACCUCUGCUACAGGAUGAGAAGCAUCCCGACUUCAUACAUCAGGUGCAAACGUCCCCCCAUCGACCAUCCAGCAGAAUGUUUGGAGUGUGGCAGUGGAUAUACAAGGUCGCACAGCAAUAUGUGGAGGAGCUGCAAGGAUUUAAAGGCUGUGACAAUUGGGAGGAGGAACAGCAACGGUUGUCUGUCAUCUUGUCCCAGAUCCAGUUGUCUCUACAGGCUACAGGAGAAAGACUAGAGCCAGGUCCUGCACUGCUGAGUUAUGCAGGAGAAAAUUAUUUCCUGCUGGGCUUGUACCAAAAAAGUGCUGAUACCUGCUGCUCUGAAAUUUGGGAGUCGAUAACAAAAUGUUCUGAUCGCAGUGUCUUCCAGCAGACGCGGCUUUGUUUGGCACUAUUAUAUGGUCUGUUGUCCCAGUACCACCUGAAGGAAGCACAGGGAUUAGGAGAUCACAUGGCUCGCCUAAUAUUGUAUAGAUCUGGACACCACAUGGACAACGUGACCUCUGCAGCAGACUUUGUGUCUUCCUCAUGGCUGCCGAUGGACCUUCAUAUUGAUGCAGCCUACGCAGUGGUUCAAUCUCUUGGGAGAUUCAUGGCCUCCUACUUCACCAACCAGCCCCUCUAUGUCCUGCCUCCACACAAUGUGGCCGUGCUACCUCCGCUGCAUCUACCUCAAGCUGCCGGGCUCAGAUGCUUACCAUUGUGCCAGGAGGAGGUGGCCAUUGCAGUUCGGCGGCAGCACCUGUCAGAAGCCUGGACGGUAGACUAUGCUCAGGAUCUGCUCCUGUUGGGAGGUCUGCUUCCUGAGACUGUGUGGUUGGCUUACCACCUUGGAGACUGGAAGUCAGCAGCUUCUCUGAGCCUCGCUUAUACAAACUACUGCUAUAAGCACUUUGACUUCACCCGCCUCAGGAGGAGAGACUUCCAUCUCCCAACACAUUUAGAACCAGCAAGCAUUUUUCAGGCCGAGUUGGACUGUCUUCUUGACACCAGCGUUGGCUCAGAAGAAUUGACAGAAAACAACCAGGACAAGAGCUUUACGGACCCGCUGGAAGGAGAAGAGUGGGAUUUGUUACAUGCUUCCAUACAGGAUAUUCUGAAGGCUUCAGUCAUGACGGGAGUAAAUAUUAUGCCUUCAUCUUUGUCUUCCUUGCUGGUCACAGCCAAAGAUCUUUGCUCUUGCCUGCCUGUGUUGGUCCCCAGUGGGCUAUACCUGCCUUCUCCACCUCUUUAUUGCCCUCAGCCUUCCCCAAACACACAGGAUUCAGUUGGCACAUUUGGGCAGUUUACAGAAGUUGUAUCUCGCCACAAAGUGUCCAGAGUUCUCCAGAGGCUACUGUUACUGCUGAGUUCUGCUCAUUGUUGUCAUCCUGCUGCUCAGUGGUACAUUCGCAGUCUGCGCCGUGCCAGACACCUACUAUACAAGAUCAAGAAGAAUUACUCAUAUCCAUCAGCCCCUGCAGAAGAGAAGCCUUUUCCAGAAGACUUGAUGAAGUUUGUCAGCCGCAGUGGCUUCUUCAAACCCAGGCGUCGUAAAGAUCUGCAGCCAGAUAUCAUUCAAACUAUCAUUUGUUUCAGAGAGCUGUGUGGUUUGUGCUGGAUGCUUCAUGUCAGGGACCUCUUCUCCCUUUCCUGUAGGAAGUAUCAGGCGGUAAGAAAGGCUGGUGCAGAUGAGCAGAUCUCUGGUGGUUCUGAGAUGAGAUCUGCCUGUGUUGAUGCCCUCCACUGGGGAUGUCGUUAUCUGCCUUUCUCCCAUUUUCUCAAUGCUGAUGAAAUCCUCCAAGACAUUCUGCUCAGCCUCAUGUCUGAACUGCCUCCCGAUUCACUGGUGGCAGAUAUGCUGAUACAGGCUUUCCCACAGCAGGAAGAAUCUGUCAGAAUCCCUCUAAGAGAAAAGUACAACUCACUGCUGCAGAGACUGAGGCGAUGCACAGCCCACGAAGGUGAAGAGGAGGACGCAAAUGAGUUGAUGAGGAUUCAGAUUCAAGACAAACGCAGACAGAGGAGAAAACAUCUGGCUCGUCUGAAGAGGCAUCUGGCUCCACUUGAGCUCUGCCUGUGGGAGAAAGAUGAGCAAGAGGAGGACAAACAUGGAGGUGGCAUGGUAACACAGCUCUCAAUGGAUAGGAGUCUCAGUAACAGCACCCUAAAUGACUGUGGGUUCCCCUUGAUGUACAGCGAUGGAGACACAGCAGAGAAUACAUCAGACACUUUCUCCACUGACAAGUGUUACAGCUCCACAUCCAGGAGCAUUAAAGCCAAAAUACAAGAAAGGAGGACUGCAAGUAGGAUGGCUAUUAAGAAUGAAAAGGUCAUUCAGGAGGAGCAAAGUAGUAAUUCAGGUGAUAUCAAGGAGAAAGACAAGCCAUCCCUCCCUGUGGUUGGAACCUGGGAGUUUGAACUGGAAGAUGACGAAUAUCUAAACUUUCUUGAAGUCUUCCUCAGCUAUGUAGUCGAGAAAGAUAAUACUGAUAGAAGGGACUCGGGCAGUGACCUUCCUUUGUUGAAGGGGUUCUCCUCCCAGCUGAGAGAGAGUGAGUUGCAUUCUGUCACCUUUGAUGUCCUCACAACUAUGCAUCGCCGUCAAAGGGAGGGGCACCAUCCAACGAGAAGGCAAUGGGACAGUGAUACACCAGUGUUCAGAGCUGGGUGCUGCUACAAGCCCAUAAACCAUGAUGGAACACCCGAAACACAAGGGUCCACAGUCGGGAGUGAAACCAACAUAUCAAACAAUACCCUUUCUGUGAGCUCACUUCCUGGGCUCAGAACUGGAAGUCAGAAAGGUUUGUUUGGCUCCAAACAGCAGGCGAAUGUGUCCACGGAUGGAAGAAUAAUGAGAGGUUACCCAAGUCGAUGUUCUUUUCUCACAAGGCAGCCAUCAAACUGCUUGGUGUUUGGCUCCUCAACUUCUUUGGAAGUGGUGACUGAACUGCAGCAGGUCCUGGACCCUAAAUUAGAAGCUCAUUUCCCAGAGCUGGGCAGGCUGUUGGAAUGGAUGGUACGUUGGUCUGAUCGGGCCGUACUGCAAGGACACCAUGGCAAAAAGAAGAAAGAGAGGGGAGAGCGUGUCAGAGGAACAUCUGCUGAAGGAGUAAUGAUUCGGGUUAAAAUCUCAGCACCUGCUGUCCUCACCUCCCUCAUCUUGCUGGAGCAUAGGUACACGACCAUACCUGGGCCAGACCGCAACCAUAUUCAUAAACCAAUUCCAGAAACAUUACAGACAGUUGGCCCUGAGCUGGAAACUGAGACGAAUAGGAGACUGGAGAGAGCGAGCAGUACUGAUACGGGAUACCCCGGAUCAGCCAACACUCCUCUUACUGUUGCUGAUCACAAUCUACAGCAGGAAGUCUCACUUGAAUCUCACAGCGAUGACGCAGAGGAACUCAUUUUUCAUAGGAUACCUCAUCUUGAUGAUCAAAAUCAAGCAACCUAUGAUGCUGAGAUGAGGCCACCAACUGCACAACAAUCAUUACUUGAAGACUUAGAUCUCACACCUGAAAAGGAAGGCAAAGCUACUGACAGUGAGGGCUUGGAAGUACCGUCUACUGUUUCUAGUGGAGAUAUCUCUGAAGACAUCUGCACAUCAGGAACGAGUUUCAGGCUUUCACAUUUGGACUGUGCAGAAAAACCUGAAGAUGUGCUCAUUUCCACCUCUCCAGCUUUAGAAUCUUCUUCACACCCAGAGUUGCAAACUCUGACAACUGUCCCACCAACAGCCCCAGUUCAAAGAGGACCUUCUGAUCCCAUAGAAGUGCAGCUCACCACCACAACUGUCACUCCACCAGAAUGUGAGCCACAUACUUUUACUUCAGGUGCACCUGCUGCUGUUUCUUCAGCUCCCCAGCCAUCAUUGCCUACUCAUGCUCUGCCCUUUGGACAGCAUCUGGGUGAUGAGUUAGUCAGAUUGGUCCAGUAUAUCAACUUUGUGAGCCUCAGGGAUGUUUUGGGAGCAUCCUUUUCCACCUUGUCAGCCAGCCAUCCAAACAAUCAGUCUAACACAAAUUCCUUACACCCUAAUGUGUCGUUAUCUUGUGCUACUCAUUUUAUCCAUCAACAAGAUGCUUUACCAGCCCAAACAAAUUCAUCUGUGGAAACCCAGACACAAGUCUGUAGACUGAGCAACCCUCAGUUCAGUCAGGUUCCUGCAAACAUGAACGUAAACCAUCCUACUACCACAUCCUUGACAGGUGAACAGUGUCCCACCCCCAGGAAUCUAUUUUCCACUGGCAAUACUGCAGGUGUGAGUUAUCAGGAAAUCCAGCCACUGUCUGUUCAUGCAGAAUCACCGGAACGCCGGUUUAGAGAGAGCAUGAAAUUAAUUCCAUCCUCCCAGGGACUUCUGACUACAAUGGAGUCCAGCCACUCAAUGCCCAGUGCCCCAGCGGCACUGCAUUGUAAUGACAGCAUGCAAACUAACCGUGUUUCCCAGAUUUUGGGUUUGAGGUUACUUCAGCUCCACCAUCCCCUGUCCUCACAGCAGAUGUCAGCACACUGCUCUACCACUCAAAGUGUACAGAAGAUGCAUUCUGAAAACUCUGCUGCUGUAGCGCAUCCUCACCAACAGUUUAAAGUGGACAAACAAUCCGACUUUAAAGACACAACAAAGGAGAAAAGAAGGAGGUCUUCUGUUCUAAAAAGACAGCAAAAUGUAGCUUUUGAUAACUAUCAAUCGAAUGAGCGAACUCCAAGGAUUACUCAACCGCAGAAUGGCACACGAGAGCCCUCCUUCAACAGAUCCACAAUCCAAGAGUCCUUCCUGCUUCCUCCAGUUUUAUCAUUUCUCAAACCUGCACCAACGCAAAUCCCUCAUCAAGUGCACUUUCAGUCUGAUGCUCACAGCUCCUCCACGCUUCCCGUACCCUUAGUAACUUUGUCAAAGCCCUCUACCAUCGUUACUCCUCCAGUAGGAGAAACCAGGAUCAAGCUUCUACAUCUAGACUCUGGACAAAAAAUGUUUCUACCACAGAUUUUACCCUCAGCAGUUCCACCAUCUCAAGUGGCUCGGAUCACCACUCUGGAGGAGUUAGCACAUUUAGCUGGAGGGAGGCAGACUCCUGUUAAGGCUGGACUUCGGUUGCUCAAAGCAAACCCAUAUACUGAAAGCACGAAAAACACCACAACUUCCCCUCACUCCAACUCCAGCAAGAGACAAAACAGAAGAGAGGUGAAGAUGACGAGCGCAAGAAAAACUGAAGUCACAUUCAGUCCAAGCGAGGCUAACUUAGCAACACAUGGGAUAUAUCUUCAGCCAACAGAUGAUGCUGUAAAUGAGAAGCCUGCACCAACUGAUGAGAUUAUCUUCAGGCAAAGCAUUGGAGCUGGGUCCUCUGAGAUUUUGCAGACUCGUCACAGAUUAUCGCACAGGGACGUGGUCUCAACAGCUGAGCUCUUUGCCUUUGCAGCCACGUGUAAAAGACCCGCACAGUGUCAUGAUGCUUACACAAACACGAACCCAGAUUGGGCUCCCACACAGGUGGAUAAUGCUGUGUGUCCUCAAGUCUCUGUGAUUGCUGUUAACACAGAUUCACAGUGCUUAGAAGAUCUGCACUUUUUCAGAGAGCCCCGUGUUAAAGACAAAGAGGAGACUUCAAAGGAGCGAGACAAGAAUCCGGAUGUUCACGAUCACCACUUGAUGUGUGUCAUGGAUACAGAAGUUGAAGCCCUGCACCAGGAUUUGCCACCCUACCUCGGCCCAGAGGCACAGGAUGGCCCUUCCAUACACACUUCUUCACCUGCUUCAGCACACCAUUUUGGGACUUCUGUUGUUGGAGGUGCUGCUGCUCAUCCACACCCAUCACCCAUCAUUCCAGAGGACCCCAUGAAAGCCACCAUUCACCCAGAUAAGUCUAAGGAGUCUCCUUUUAGUCCUCUUGACUCCAAGAAGGAUCAGGAAAGAAUCCCUUCAGGAGACAUGGCUGGCCUUUCUGACAUUGACAAAUGUCAAGCCAACAACACAGAAGAUCUCAGACUUCAUCGUACUUUUUCCACAUCUAUUAAUGGAUGGUUUUCAGUUGAUCUGCCUGUGAUCGAUGCCAGGCUGGCUGACCUUCAGAACAUUGCAGACUCCUUGGAGAAGGAUUCACCCCAUGCAAGAAAGUUUGUGCACACCAUUGGCGUGGACCCAGCAGUUUUGGCUCCUCAAGUGAAGACUAAUGUAGCAUCAUCGAAAAUGGUUGACCUGUCUGUCCCAUGGGAAGCAUGGAGAUCAUUGCCUGACACGUUCACUCAAACAGACGCCUAUGAUGAUGAAGAAAAUGAAUACGUUGGACUUGUGAUUCAUAAUGAAUCAAGCACUCCAGAAGGAAAGCCUCCUGUUCUUCCUUCCACUUCUGCUGACAUCCAUCCAGCUGGUCCGUCCCAUCUUUACAUUCCUGCAAGCAAUGAUGAACUUCAUCAAGAACUUAACGAAGAGUUGACUUUGUCAUCUGGAGCAUUUAGUCCAUGGGUAGAUGAUCCUGAAACUGUAGAAAUCUUAAACGCCUUGGUGAAAGAAGGGAUUUUAUCCUCAGCUGACAUGGAGUUAUCCAAAUCUCAGACUGUACCACAUAGCAGUGGGCCGCACCAGCAGCAAAGUAACCGGUUGCAAGAUGUUCCCCCAGAUGACGAAAGGAGACAGCUGAGGAUCUGGAUGAGAAAGAAACAGAGGGAAAGAAUGGCAGUUUUUCGAAAGCACAGAGAGGCAUUGAGGGAGAAGGAGCGCAUUCCUUAUUCGGCUUCUGCAAGGAAAACAACCAACAAAAGUGAAACAGCCACUUGGAAAUUCAGACGGGAAAAAGAAAAGAGUAUGCUCUUGAAGCACUAUAACCAGAGGAUUGCUGAGCUCUUGUCUUUAGUCGGUGACUUUUCUCCCAGUCAUCCAGUAGUAUCCAGACCGACACGGGAUGAGGGUGUGCCCACACAGCCAUCUGCUGUUGCACCCUCUGGCGCCACUCACAGUCAGCCUGCUGAUGACACAAAGAGAAUCCUCAAGUCCCCGUCAGGACAAGCUCAAGCACAUGUUCAUCAAAGGACAGCUGAGGUGCAUGAUGCCAAAAGACUGGGACUGCAUAGAAAAGUUACCUUUCUGCCAAGCGACCGCCUGUCUCAGAUGACCAGACGUGGGAUGCUCACUGACACAAAGAGCCAUGCCAAGAUGCACACAGUCAGCCCGGAACAGUUACAGCAAGGAGCACGCCAGAGGAAUACAGGGUUGAAUAACAUUCCAUCUGGAGGGACUGUCAUAAGGACAGAGAGGAUAAAGACAGAGAGAGAGGUGAUGCCUGGACCUUUGGAUGAGAAGGAAAAUGAUGCCAGUGUGUCAGAGAUGGAGCUGGACUGGCUGGACAACCUGUCUGACUGUUCCAGCACCGUCCUCAGCAUAGACUGGGCUGCUGUAGAGCAGAUUUUGGCUGAAGAUGAUGCCUGAGCUUUCAAGAGGGCCACCUUU